CCACCCAGGUGCCCCAAAACAAUGUUUUUAAAGCACUGAACUUGUAUGUCUAUUAUAAGGUCUGAAACAGCUGACUCUAACAUGAAGGCUUUCAUCUUCCUUCCCUUCAUGUUCUUGGCCAUGUUCUCAGGGUCUUCCACCCAGAUUUUGAAAACAAGUGUUUUUAAACCAGAAGAGGGUACAGAACCUGCAUUUAUUCUAGAGAGAAAAAAUGAAGCUAACCAUCAAGGAGAACAAAAUGAAUUUAAUAAGCCAGGAGGUAGCAACACACAAGGAAAACAAGCAAUAUUUGGUCUUGAGGGACGACCAGCACUUUCUAGCCAGGCAGAGAAACCAGGGGAUUUUAAUCAGCAAGGAAGGCCAGGAGUUUUCAAUCAACCUGGAAGUCUGCAAGGGAAUUCAGGAGACUCUAAUCCAAAAGGGAAUGUAGAAGCUUCUAACAAACAAGGAAAACCAGGACAUUCUAGCCAGCAAGGGGGUUCUGGGUUAUCUAGCCAGCAAGGAGGUUCAGAAUCAUCUAGCCAGCAAAAGAAGCCAGGAUCAUUCAGCCAGCAAGGGGGCCCAGGGUCAUCUAGCCAGCAAGGAAAGCCAGGGUCAUCUAGCGAGCAAGGAAAGCCAGGAUCAUCUAGCCAGCAAGGAAAGCCAGGAUCAUUCAGCCAGCAAGGGGGCCCAGGGUCAUCUAGACAGCAAGGAAAGCCAGGGUCAUCUAGCGAGCAAGGAAAGCCGGGAUCAUCUAGCCAGCAAGGAAAGCCGGGAUCAUCUAGCCAGCAAGGAAAGCCAGGGUCAUCUAGCCAGCAAGGAAGACCAGAAUUGUCUAGCCAACAGGAGAAAUUAAGGCCUUUUUACAAUCAAGAAGAAAGAAAAAAUGUGGGCAACCCUUUGAAUGCCAAUAUAAUGGAGAUUCAGCAGACUGGCAGUACCAGCGGCAAGAACCCAAAUGGAAAUAAAAAAUGCCAAUCGAUCUACAAACCAGUCUGUGGUUCUGAUGGAAAAACCUAUGGGAACCACUGUGUGUUUAAUGAAGCCAAAAGGCCUAACGUAGAGGAAAUCCGCUAUCCCACCAGGGCUGCAUCUGGCAAAGACUGUGAUCUGGAGGGGAUUCUAGGGCUACAAUGUGUCACUGAUGCCCCGAGGGUAUUUGCUGCCCUUUCCUCAGCAGUUCAGGGUGUUUGUUCUGUGAAGAAAAUAGUGAAGAGUCCUACCAAAGCUUUAUUCAGCCCCCCACCACCACCGCCCUGUAUUGGUGGCUGCUCUGCUCCUGGCAUCAAAGAGUGA